GAUGUAACUUUAUAUUUUUAAGAAAAAUUUUCUAGUAAUAAUAAUAAUAAGUUAAAUUUAGUAAUUGAUAAAACAUAAUAUGUCUAAAAGCGAUGAUAAUAAUAAUAAAGUAAACUGGUCGACUGUGGUUUUAAAUGAUACUGGUAAAUUUCUCGAAGCUAUAACAACUGGCCAUAAAUGUCAAACACGUUUUCGGCUCAUACCUACCGAACAUUUAAAUAAAGCUACCCGUGCAGGUAUUAUUGAUGGCAAUCUCGGCAGAUUAGGUCAAGAUGGAUAUCCUAAAGGUGCGCCAAUUAUACGUUUUGACAAUCCUCACGGCGGUAAAGGAGUUUCGCAAAGUCCGCACAUCAAUAUCGAUCCGAAAGGCUUUUCUAAUGCAAAUAAUCCUCACAUCCGAGUGCCGGCCAGUCUUAUAGAUUGUGCCGAUAAAGUCGACAAAAUACUGAAAGGUGUUUCAAAAUGGUUGACCAUCGCAGCCGUAAUCAUCGAUGGCGUCCGGAUCUGUGCCGCCAUUUACGAAGACUGCACCGCAGAUGAUAAUCAUGUUUUACCGAUGAGAACAAUCAGAACAAUCGCCGAAAUUGCCGGCGGAUGGAUUGGCGGCGCAAUAGGUGCCAAAUGUGGCGCUGUAUUGGGUGCCGCUAUCGGUGCCUGUGUUGGCUCAUUGUUUGGCGGUGUUGGUGCAGUCAUAGGGGCGCCUAUUGGCGCUAUAAUUGGUGGACUGGUUGGAGGUACAGUGGGUGGUUUGCUUGGUAGAUAUUUGGCCGGACAGUUUAUUGAUAGGCAACUUGGAAGUGGAGGUGAUGGAAACACUGCUAAAUUUGUGGAUAUGGUCGAUGUAUUUGAAACGGGUUGGCCAUUGUUUACUAUUGUUGGUCUCAACCCAUUGCUAUCAGUGAUACCAUUUUUUGCCAGUACCUUGACUUCACCAAUAUCACCAGUAUCCAUUUUAAAUCCAAUUGGUUUUGGUGCAAUUGGUGGAUUAAUUGAUUAA